UAGCUAACUAAAAAAUCAACGUUUAUGAAGCGAAAAUCAAAAAAAAAGAGGAAUAGCAUUUAUUACUUAUUUAUUAAUCGUUCAAAUGUGAGUGUUUAUUUAUGAACCCACAGAACGAGAUUAAAGUUUUGCAAUGAAUUUUUAUCUAUGAAGUUUUGGCAUAUACUAACUGCAAUAAUAGUAUCACUAUGGAACUUUAUUCAAGGAGAUCAAGUUGAAGCAUAUUACUCUUGUCCAAACAAUAAAUUGAUUAAAAAGAACUCACACAACGCUUUUUACACACUACGACAAAAAUCCAUAUACACAGAAGACAAAUGCAUUACCACAUGUUGCAUUGAUCUCCAAUGCCAAGAGAUAUUUUUUGAAAAUUGGAGAUGUUUUCAUGGUUACUAUGAGUACAAUGAAAAUAAUAUUUUGGAAGCUAAAGCGGUGGAAAAGAAAUCAGCAACAAAAGAGUUUGGAAAAUCAAAUUUAACUAUUGGAUUAAACAAAAGUUGUUUUAUAAGCCCAACAAUUUAUUUUGCUCGCUUACAUCAUGGCACCAAAUCUGGUAGCUUUACAAAACAUGCCAAAAUACACUCAAUGGGCAGUUGCAUUGAAAAAUGUUGCAAAUUUGAUGAUUGCAAUGUAGCUAUAUUAUAUAAAAGGGAGUGUUUUAGUGUGAAAUGCCACUCAGAAGAUGCAUGUCAAUGGGAAAGUGAUGCUCAUGACAGCAGGCUAGCUUAUGUAAAAAGAAAUUUGAGCUCGAACAAUUCUGGUAUUUCUGAUACAAAACAUACAAACAUUCUUUCACAUCCUCAUUAUAAACACAUUUUACGCAUAAAGAAUGAAGAUAGGCAUGUUAAAAGACCUGUGAAAGCAUAUGGCAUGAGUAAAGAAUCACCAGUUUCAAAAUUUGAUAUUGAAGAAGAUGAUGUUUUGGAACCUCAACUAAAAGAAGAGAACUUCUUUCCCAGUCCUCUUCUUAAAGAAUUUCAGAAAAACAUUAGCUUUACAAAUACUACUCAUGUCCAUGAAAAUGAUGGAGUUGAUGAACUUCAGUUAAAGCAAUUUCACAAUUUAUUAACACAGAAAACUGCUGGUUUGGCACUUUUAAAAGAGUUUCAUAAAUUUUCAAAGCUUCAUAAAAAGGAUUCAAAGAAUGACAAUCUUGAUGAUAACAAUCCAGAGCAAUACAAAUUUGAGAACUUUUUAAAAGAUUUGCGUUCUUCUAAUUUUAAUGCCACAGUUGAAAAAUGGAAAAGUGAACACCUCUUUCAAAAUAAAACAAAACUCAAAAAUCUGUUAACAAAUUUAAGAACUUCAGAAGAGAUAAGCAUAUUGUACUUGCUUAGUCGGCUUCAUGCUUACGAAAGAGCACAAUCUUUAUAUAAUCUUAAAAGUAAAGAGAAAGUUACUCAUUACAAUCAGAAUGCAGAAUAUCAACGUUUAUUUUACAAUUCAAAGAAACCAGUUGAAAUGGAAUAUCAUGUAAAUAAGAAAUUUCAUACUAAUGAAGAUUUACAUGCUGUUAAUGGAAUAUCCAAAAGUCACAUUGGCAAAAAGCUAAAUUUUAAUAAAAAUAAUAAUUUUGAUGUAGAAAAUAAUCCAUCUGAUUACAUUGAAUUACUUAAUGUUUUAAAAGAACUUGAAAACACAAGUUUAAAACAAAAAAGAAAAGAAAAAAAAAUAACCAAUCAAAACCAAGUUGACUUGUAUAAAUCACAACAAAAAAGUAUUAAUAACAGUAAAAUUUUAGCAGAGUUACAGAAAAUUAUUUUAAGCCUCUCUUCCGAUAUUGAGAUAUCUGACAGAAACAAAAAAAUAACCAAUAGCCUUCUAAAUCUCUCAUUAAAAAGUUCAUCAAAACAAGAUCAAGCCAUGCCUAUUGUAUUUUUUAAUUUGGAAAACGACCAAUCAAAUAGAGACACAACUUUAAAACUUCAAAGCAUAAAUUCUAAACAAAAAAACAAGAAACACAGAGUAUCCCAUCCAAAUCAAGAAAAAAAAGCUCAGGACUAUGGUUAUUAUGCUAAAAGGUAUGUGAAGUUAAACACACCAGUCAUUUAUAUAAAUAACAGAUUGCAGGAAAAGGUUAAUUAUACUGAAAACACAGUUAUGUCGAGCAAUUCAAUUAAAAAUAACCAAUUAAGCAGAGGAUUCCAUCGCUCUGACAAAUUAGAUGUAUCAAAAACACCAGUUAUAUUUAUCAAUAGAAUAAUGCAAAACCAAAAUAAAAAUAUUCUAAAUAACAAAGCUAAUUUCCCCACAGCAACUACACUAGCAAAUACAAAUUUGAUAGAAAAGCAAAAAAGUCAAAAUAGUUUGGUACACUAUGAUCCAAAACCUUCAGCUGUUAUUUUUUUAAAUGAACCUGAAGAAAAGUUAAAAAGUGUUUAUGAAUCUAAAUUAAACUCUGAAGAUGGUUUUCAAGCUGGUAUACAUAAUCAAUACAUAAAUGAUAUUGAGAACAAUGGUUUUAAAAAAGUGUCAAAAAUAAAAGGUUUUCUGCAAGCAUCAACUGAUAACUAUGGUAAUAUUAAUCCACAAGCAACAAAAUAUAAAAUUCAAGCAUUGAAUAGCGCGGUUAUGCCAACUAAUGAAACGUUUCAAGAUAUAAAUUCAAAUAACGAUAACUUGCAAAAUGGCGCUAAAGGAUACUCAGAUUUACAACCCGAAAUCAAUAGUGGACUAAAUGGAGAUUUUUUUCCUGAGAAAGAAGUCAUUAGUUAUUUAAAACAAAAAGAAUACUUUCAACAUUUGGCGCCAAAUGGGGAAAAUAUGUUAGAAAAAAGUUUAGAAAGUAAAAAAAUUGAUAGCAUUUUGCAAGACAAAACAUCACUUAAUAGGUAUGAUGGAGAUGCAAGAAUAGAAACUGGAUCAUCUCUAAAUAGAAAUGAUGGAGAUAUAAAAGAAAAAACACAAUCAUCUUUAGAUAAAUAUGAUGAAAAUAAAAAAGAAGAAAGACUAUUACCAUAUGAAGACUCAGAGGUUAAAAAAUUAUCAUUAUUAAAUCUUGAACUAAAAUCUAAGGCAGGGUUUAAUGAUGAAAGCAAGAGUGCAGAUGACCAAAAAACAAAAGAAAUGAGAAUUCUAUUUUAUAAUAAAAAUAAUGGAAUACUUGACACACAUCUUCAAAAGAAUGAAGAAGAAAUGGUGAGUAAACAAGCACAAAACAAUAAAGAUGUAGACAACACAGAUUCAAAUGAAAUAACUUUUUACACAGGGGCAUAUAAAGAAAAAAAUAAAAAUGCACUUAAUGAAAUUCGUAUACAUUCAGAUGCAAAUUAUAGUUUAGAGUUCAUUGCUACAAACAAUGUUGAUCAAAGUAAACAAUUAGAAAACAAUAUUGAUAUAGGCAAGCGUUUAGAAACAAAUAAUAUUGAAUUGAAUACAGAAUCAAAUAACCAGUUGUUACCAUAUAACAAAACAAAACUUGAAAAGCAAAAUAGUCAGAACAUUUUUUAUCAAUCACCAAAAAAGUCAUCAAAUUAUGACAAAAAAGAUGAAAAUGUAACUUUUGAUAAUGAUUCACAGUAUAUCAGAUUUGUCCUUGAAAGUAUUAAAGCUAAGUUUCCUAAAGAUGGUGAUAUGCAAUCAAAACUAACCCAAACACUUUUAUCACCUUUUGAGUCAAGAAAUAAAAGCGUUGAAGUUGUUGAUAAAGAAAUAAAAGACAUUGACAAAGAAAUAAAUGAAGUUGAUAAGGAAAUAAAAUAUUUAAAUUCAAAUAAUGAAAGUUUGAAGUUGAUAAAUGAAAAUUAUGCUGAAGAUUAUGGGUAUAGAAUAAAAGAAGGGAAGAAUGAAACUCCUGUAAUAUUUAUUAAACAGGAAGAUAAAGAAUUACCUAAUGAAAAAGAAACUUCUGCAGAUUUAUACUCAAGAUUGCUGCGUCGCGGAAAAAUAGUUUCUGGUAAAAAAAAUGCAUCAGUAUGGCUGACAAAAAAAUCUGAUAAAGAAGUCAAUUUAAGAAGAAAAAAAAUUCAAAGUAUACACAGUAAGUACGCAGAAAAAAAAAAAAUCCAACAUAAAACAUCUCUGAACAAAUCAAAUCAAGAAGCAAUUAACAAAUACGAGUUUAAAGAAUUUAAUAAAAAUCAACCUAUUUUCCAUUCCACAAAUUUUUCUAAGUUUGAAGAUAAAAAUAAAUUGAAUUUAUAUGUUACUCCAGGAUUAUAUUUGAAACCAAGUUCAGAGUUCAAGACCAGUAAUAAACUUUUUCUUAAUAAAUUAAAUGGAACCAAUCAACCACAAAUUCUAAAAAGUAUGACAUACUUAAAAGGCACUACAAUAUCUUUGUCAGCUUCAAAUCAAAUUUAUAAGUAUGCUACUGAUGUUAUGGGAGAUUUUGUUGAAGCUCUAUUUAAGAAUGUAACUACAGCCCAUAUUUCCAAUUUGAAGCUCAAUCUAUCUGACACUGAAAAUAUUGUUUUGUUUAAAAACUUGAAUAAUUUUGGAAUGCUAAUCUUAAAUAUUGCAGACAGGCUUCAUAAAAAUAAAGCUAUUGAUAAAAAUGCAGUCUGGAAAUACAUGAAAGGAUUUGGUGUAAGAGAUAAUGAAAUAAACAUUGCAUUAAGUUUGUCACAAAAAAGUUAUUUUCUGAAUAUAGCAAGAAAAGAUUUGAUUGUAAAAAGUUUAAUUCGUGUUGGGCAAAGUGCUAUUGUUGAAGCAAAAGAAUUAUUCACUCCACUUAAAUUAAAAGAAAAUAAACUGAAGGACAUUCCACUUGUUUUAGGAGAUGUUACUAACUUUACGCUAAUAAAACAAGGAAAAGGUUUUCUAGAACAAUAUAAAGAAGAGCCAACUCACCAAGGCAGUGGAAAAUUUGUUUCUCAAAGUAUUAAUGUUGCCUUAAAUAAGUCCGCUAUUGAUUUUUUAAAUAAGUCCGGAUUUCAAUUUAAAAAUAUAUCAGAAGGAAAUAUAAGUAUUUAUUUUGAAAAUAACUCAAUGCCAUUAGAGAGUAAAAAACACGAUAAAAAUAUAAAUAAUGUGGUCAAUGCUGCUACUUUUCCACCAAAUAUACAGAGUGAAAUAGUUUUUCAAGCAACUAAUAAAGACAAGCAAAAAAAGGUAACAGAACUUUACCAAUUAAACAGCAAAGAAAUAAAAACUAUCAAACAUGUGAUAAAAUCUCUUCGUAAUCUUCAAUUUGCUACUAAAAAAACAGCAUACACAUUAGCAGGUAAUAAGACAGUUCAAGUGAGCAAGUUGGUGUUACAUUUAAAGCUUCGUGGAGUAAGUAAAAAAAAAAUCAACUUAAUUACGAAUCUGCUACAGAAAAAAUAUAAGAAUAAGAAAGAAAAACUUUCUGAUGUAAUGAGUUUGAUUCAAAUUGGAAGAGAUGCAGGAAAAAUGGCUAUUCGGCUUGAAGAAAAACUGACUAGCUUACUUGAUAAGUUGAACCAAACAACUCCAACAAAAAAUCCUAAGAAACCAUUUAAAAAUAAUUUUGAGUUAUCCAGCAAAUUAAUCAACACACAAAAUCAAACUCAUGGGUUUUAUGAUAACAAACAUGUUAAUAUUCAUGAAAACUUUAUAUACAAUGGCAGUUCAUUUGGUGGAUUUGGAAGCAACCAUAUAAGUUCAAAAAAUAAUUUGAAAUUGAAAGAAAUCUCAUUGUUAUAUCCUUUUAUUAUCAAUGUUUCGAAUCCUUCACAUGUUAGUAACACCAGUUUGGAAAAUGUAAACAUUUAUCAAUAUUUUACAAAUAAUGGAAGUUCAUUUGGAGGUCUUGGAAGUAACAACGUAAAAUCAAGUAAAAAUAUAAAAUCAAAUGGGAGCAGCUCACUAUUAAAUCAUAUUUUAAAUUUUAGUUUUAGUUCUUCUCCUGCCAAUAAAACAAGUUUGAAAAAUGAUAAUACUUUUUUGAAUUUUACACACAACAGUAGUUUAUUAUUAUCAAGUGCUAGCAGAGAAAACAUAAAUGCAAGUGAAAAAGAUCAUGUAAAGUUAUAUGCUAACAACACAUUAGCAAGCUCUUUGUUUCAUGUUAUUCCUCUGUCUGUAAGUAAUAAAAGUUUGGAAAAUGUGAACAUCAUAGAAUAUUUUGAAAAGAAUAGUUCAUACAAAAAUAUAAAAACAAAUGCAAACAGUAAUACAUUGCUAAAAGUUAAUAGUGUUUUAGUAAAUCCUUUUUUGUAUAAAAAUUUAAGUCUGGUACCUUUUAGUAAAGAAAGUUUAAAGAAUAUGAAUAAACAGGAAUUUAAACAUAAUGGUAGUUCAGUUAAACAUAAUGGGAGUUCAGUAGGAGGAUCUGAUAGCAACAAUGUAAAGUUCUCAGCAAAUAAACACAAUGGGAGUUCAGUUGGAGGAUCUGUAAGCAACAAUGUAAAGUUUAGUAAAAAUGAUUUUGCAAAAAUAAGUAGUUUAUCAGCAAGUAAUUUUUUUCACAAUUUUUCAAAGUUUACAUCUGUUAGUAUGACAAAUUCAGAGAAUAUGAGCAUUGUUUCCAAUUUUACUCAUAAUGGCAGUUUGCUUAGAGAAGUAAAAGGAAACAACUUAAAACUAAGUUUAAGCAAAAAUGCUACAGACUCAAUUGAAGGUAAGGAAACAGGCAAAAAGAUGGAGGGCAAGAGUAUAAAAGGUAAGCAGAUGGUAGAUAAAAAGAUGAAAGGUAAAAAGACACAAGGUAAGAAAAUUAAAGGGUUUGACAAGUUUGAUUACCGCGCAAUGAAAAACAAGCUUUUAAAUACUGGAGAUAUAAUCCCGUCAAUAAAAAUAUUCGAUGGGCAGAAUAAAAUAAAAAUUAAAAGACUGCAAGAAUUAAACAGACUCAUUCAUAAACUCCUCAGAAAUGCAGAAUGCAAGUCUAAAAAACACUGCAAUUUAAAAUCUAGAUCAACUAAAGAAAAUAUAUCCCACCACAAGCAUUUAAAAACAGCAUUAAGAAAUGCAACUUAUUUAGAUAACUUUCUUAUGGGUGGAAAUAAAAGCAUUUAUGCUGAUCAAUCAAUUCAAAGUAAGUUUUUGUUUAACAAAGAUGAUGCUAAAUCUGAUAGAAAAUUCUCUUUAAAUGAAAAAAUUAAAAAAAAAGAAAAAGAGCCCAAAAAAAAAGGGUUAGUAAACAACCGAACAGAAUUAUACGGAGAGAUUAUACCAAAGGAAACAAGUUUAGAGUCUUUGAGUGCAUUGAAAAGUUUUGUGUCUUUGAAUGCAUCGAAAAGUUUAGUAUUUUUGAAUGCAUCAAAAAUAAACAAACAGAAAGCUUUGUAUAAUAAAACUCAACAAAAGCAGCAUAACCCAAGUAAAAUAAAAGUGAAACAACUAAACAAAAUAGAAACUAAAUUAGAAAUGAAUCCGAUAAACCAAACUGAAACUAAUACUAAAAUAAAUCAAAAGAACCAGACUGAGAGUGAAAGAAAUGGUAAUAAAAGAAACAGGCAAACUCAAGAAUAUUCUCCAAAGCACUUGGAACAAGUUUUGCUAAAUUUAAACAAGAAAGUUAACAAGUUAUACACUGAAAUGGCUAUUCCUAAGCUAAAAGAAAAAUUAGAAGCAGGAUACAAUCAACCAACAUUAGAGAACAAAACCAACACAAUUCCUCUAUUACGUUAUGUAAGUUAUCAUAAUAAUGUUAAACCAAAUAAUGCUGAAGGUACAAUGUGCCAACAUGGCCCAACUUUAUAUUCUACAUCACUUUUUGGAGGAGCAGUCGCAGGUAAGAUACUACACUACAAGGAGCUAAUAAGUACUGGUCAAUGUUUGAAGCUUUGCUGUUCUUUAUUUGGAUGCAAUGUUGCUUUAGUAGUAAGAAGUACAUGCUACCUGAUAAAAUGUCGUAAAUCUAGAUUAUGUGAACCAAUACAUUUGGCAAAUAAUCCUGACAUUCAUGUUACAUUCUUUUAUAAAGGCUUGCAUGAUAAUGAAGUGUCUGUUGCCAGUAGAAGAUCAGAAGCUGUUUUAAGAGAUGCAGAUUUGCAUCAAAUGAAAGACCAAUUUUAUGAAAAGAACGAAAAAAGGCCCAUUCUUAGUAAUGAUGAAAGACUUUCUUUUGAUGCUUCCAAAGAAAACAAAGUAAAUUUGAAACAAGAUUUUGAAAAUAUUAAGCCAGGCAAUCUCUUUAACCUAUCCCAAGUACCAGAGAAAAACCUUUAUGAGUUACUUACUGAUUCAAACAUGACUAAUCUGCAUAAUGAUCAUAAAAUUUAUACCUAUGAGAAUAAUACAUAUAAGGGGAGAAUAAAUGAUGAACAAAUUCUAAAGUACACAAACGAUACUACUGAAAAUAUUUUAAAAACUGUUACAAAAAUCAACAACAAAUCUAGUUUUGUAAAAUCAACCCAAGAUUUUCAAUCACAUAAAUUGAGUUAUGAUCCAAAUUUUAAAAAUGAACCAAGUAAAAUCCAGAUGUUAGAUGAUUACAUGUUACAAAAAACAGAGUUACCAAACGCAAAGUUAGUCACAAAACUGAACAAUUCUUAUAGUUUUAGUCAUGGUAACUUGUCAUUUCAUACUUUUGAAAAUCAAAGUAAAGACACACUAAGUAAUGUCAAUUUGUUUGAAGUCAAUAGUAAUGUUUCUAUAUUAAAUGGUUUAUCUGACCAAAAAGAAAGAGUCACCCUUUUUAGAAAAACCAAUGUGACUGCAACAAAGAGUAAUAACAACUUUUUAGAAGUAGCUGAAAGUCCUGAUCAAACAGGUUUAAGGCAGAUUUAUAAGCAGAUCAAUGGUUCAAAUUUUUCGGAAGUUGAAAAUGUAAAUUUAAGGUCGGAAGGGAGAAUCGAAAAUAAGGUGAAAGAAGAAAUGAAUAGCAUUUUAACUUUAAUGAAAUGGAAUUUUACAAACAGUUUUAUAAAAGAUGUUCUCCAAUUGAAUAAUUUAACACAUAAAAGAAAGGCGAUCCAACAAGAGAAAAACAGACAAGUGCCAAUUAUAAAAGAAAAAGAGAAAGAAAGACAAGUGCCAAUUAUAAAAGAAAAAGAGAAAGAAAGACAAGUGCCAAUUAUAAAAGAAAAAGAGAAAGAAAGUGGGAUUAAUACAUCAGGUUCCUCAGAAGAUCCUCAGCAAGUUUUUCCAUCAACCCUCUCCAGUAACUUCUCUCAAAAAAACAUAAUUAAUGUAAAUAAUGAUGAAGAUUUUGAAAUGAAAGAUCACCCUAUAAAUUUUUGGAAAAGUUCACACAAUCCAAAAAUGUUUAGUGAUCGAAAAGAAGGCUUAUUUACAGAGUUUCAACGUAAAACUUUAAGCAGUCCCUUAAUUUCAAUCAACUCAUCUAAUAAUCUCAACAAUAGCAGGGAUAAUGAUUUCAAUAACUCCAUACCAGUGAUUGAUGUAAGAAUUGAAAAUAAAGAUUUACAAAUGGAAAAUAAUGAUAUAAAAACAAAGCAUCCAAUUGAACAUGAAAGUUACACUCCUUUUAACUUUUCAAGCAUGGCGUUAAUGAAUAAUAACAUAAGUUUAAAUAAUACAUCAGAUAAAACAGAGUCAAAUGUAUACUCUUUGAAAUGGAACAAUACUCAUAAUUUGAUUAAAAAUAUUCUAGAAACAAUUAAAAAUGAAAGCAAAUUCAAAGAAAACUCAAAGUUAAAAGUUGUCAUAAAUAAGCUUUUGGAAUUGGAAAGACAUAGAAAAACGGAUGAUCAAAGUAAUUUUUCUGGCUCAGAUUUAGAAGAGUACGAAGGAGGCGAAGCGAAAGGAGGCGAAGGAGCGAAGAUAGAUAAUGACGAUGAAUUAAAAUACGAAGAUGAAGAUGAAAAUGAAGAAAAGAAUGAUAUAGUUUCCAGUGAAUUCAAAAACAAUUCAAAUAAUUUAAAUCACAGCACCAUAUUGACCAGAAGUAAGAGUUACAUUGAUGCUACGAACAACAGUCUAGAAAGUAAUUCAUCUACAAAAAAUUUAACUGUAAAAAAUUUUAAAGAAUUUAGUUCACAUGUUUUACAUGUGAUCGAUCUCAUUAAUCUUGAGAACGAACGAGUUUCGCAUUUUUUAUCCAAGAAAAAAGUUCUUUUGUUUAAUAAGACUCUUAGUUAUUUGAGAAACGCUUUACUUGCCAUCAAAAAUGAACCUUUCAAUAAAAAAACUUUUGAGGAGGCAGACCAUGUUAUACAACUAGUGAAGAAGACUCAGGAACUUAUUGAAAGUCAUGAUAAAUUUGAAAAAGAGCAGGAACUUCCUAUUGACACAAUUUCAAAGACAAAAAAUGCUUCAGAAGGUUUCAUUGUAUCAAACUUUGAUGCUAAAAAUAUUGAAACACACAUUAAAGUGUUAAAUCCAGACCUUAGUCAGGUGGGGCUUCUAAUUCCUAAUCCAGUUUUUGAAGAAAAAAAUAAUUACAGCCAACCUAAUCCAGUUUUUGAAGAAAAAAAUGAUUAUAGCCAACCGAAUUUAGUUUUUGAAGAAAAAAAUGAUUUUAGCCAACCUAAGCCAGUUGUUGAAGAAAAAAAUAAUUUGAAACCGAAGAAUAAUGUUGAAGCAAAACAAAGGUCUGUUUAUUAUGCAGAAAAGAAUAAAAGUUUAGCAGACUUGAAAAACUUGCAGGUUAAAAAAGUAAAUCUGGUCAACAAGGAUUUUGAUCUUUAUGUUGUAAGUGUAGAGAAAAAUGCAUCAAACUUUUACAAUCAAAGUAAUCUUAUACCAUCUGCUAAACCUAUUAUUACCACAAACAAACAGUCUAUUGUUACCACAAACAAACAGUCUAUUGUUACCACAAACAAGAAAUAUAUGUCCAAAAAGAAGGGUAAAUUGAAAAAAAAUCCAUAUCCUAAAAUCCAGAAUAUAAAGAAAAAAAUCCAGUAUAUAAAGAAAAAAAAGACUAAAAGUAAAUCACAACUUUACUUUCAAAAGCACAAUAUAAAAACCAUUCAUGUUAAUAAUAGAAAGAAGCAACCAAUCAAAGAACCCACAGAAAAUCACCAUGGCUACAAAUAUCAUAAUAAAGAUGACAAUCAUUUAAGUAGUUUUAAAAGAAAAAAAAGGAAACACAAGUUGAAAAAAAAUGACAAAUCAAAAAAAAAAGUUAAAGCUAAAUUAGAUUUACCUUGGAAUAACAACUUUCAGAGAGAAAAAAUGGUUGAAACUUUUCUUCAUGGACAAUCCUUGAACAGUCUUGAGUCAUCAGCUAAACUCUACCAUCCUGAUUUGAUUGUAGAAGAAACUGAUAAAAUUAUAAAUAACAUUGAUGAAGAAGUAAAAAAAAUCAAAAUGAAAGGCAAAGAAAAGUCUUUAGAAGAUAAAGAAAUUUUAGACGAAGAUGAGAAUCUUCAAAAGGAAAUUAGAAAACAAAAAGAAAAUUUAUACAGCAUGUAUCCAAUUAAAGAAGAAGAAUCAGAUAAGAGUUCAUAUCACAACAAUACUUUUAUUAGCUCUCCAAGUGUGUUGAGUAAACACCUGUAUAAUUCAAUUUCUAAUGACAAUGCUAAUGUAAAUAGUGAUACAAACAGCUCAACUAAUAGUGAUGAUGAAUUUAUUACUGUUGAGUUGCAACCACUUAACUCCACUAAAAAUCAAUUUGUACCUAAAUUUAAUGUCAAAUUUGAGCCUCUUGACGAAGGGAGUAUACUAAGUACAAAUAAAGAAAGUGCUCAAAUAAUUCCUAGUUUCUUUAAUGUAGGUAAUUUAAAUGGAAAACUAAUAAAUAAUAAUAAAAUACAUAUAGGCAUGAGUAGUAAUAAAUUUGAAGAAGCAAGAAAAUCAGGUAAGGCUAACUUCAAUAAACCAUAUGUUGUAAAAUCAAAACAAAAUAUAACUCAAAUGAACACAAAGCAUGAGAGGCCAUUUACUAUGAAUCAAGAAGCUUAUCUUCAAGCUCUACUGCAACUUCCCUCAGAAGAAGUCAGCCCUCAGUUAACUUUUUCUCCAAAGUAUGAUGAAAAUAACAAAGAUGCAAAUGAAGAAAAACCAAUAUUAGGUCCUGGCUAUGCAAGUACAUCAAGUGCAGUUCAGAGACACAGAAAUUAUUUUUCCGAUAAAUUAUUUAAAAGUCCAAAUGAACAAAAAGGUAUUUUUGAAAAAGGAACAACACAGCAUGCUUUUCAUAAUGUAAAUAAUAAAGAAUCAUUUGGCCCAGAGUCUGGACCAGAGCCUGGCCCACAGCCAGAGCAUUGGCAUAGAGAGGCAAAUGAUUAUUUUCAAACUAAAAACCAGCCUGAAAAAUUGGUUAGAAAUCAUGGAAAUAGUAAGGAUGAAAGUUCUUUUUUAGUCCCUCAAAAUGUUAAUCUUGGAGAGAAACAUCAAAAUAAACUUUUUUCAGACCAAAACUUGCAAGAAAAAUAUAUAGAUCCAAACAUUGAACACAGGUUACAGUUUCAUGAACCACUUGUUGAGAAAUUCCAACAAUUUCACAACCCUAAAAGUAUGGAAGUUAUUUCUAAUGAAGGCAUAAAAAAUCCAAUCUUUUUUGCUGAUAAUAAUGCUAUAAAUGAAUCGAUUCAAUUGCAUUUAAAUAAAGGCCUUACAAAAUCAGGUCUUGAGAAUAAAGAUCUAGUUAAAAAUGAUUCAAAAUCAAUAGAGAAGAACCAAUCAAAAUCAACAGACCAUUCUAACUUUGAAACGAAUGAGGAAGAGCUGUCUAAAAUCAAAACCUUGAAUAAAUCUACAUAUGAUAACUCAGAAGGAAUCCAUGGUAUCAACAACAUGCUGUUGUUAGAUUUAGUAAAAAAGUUGUCAGUAUUUCAAGAACUUUCAGAGUACAAUCCUGAAAUAGCUCAGAGAAUUGUUGAAAAAAUUAGAAACAGCAAAAACAGAGAUGAAAUUGUUAGUGCUAUUAACAACAUAGUACCUGAUGUUAAAGAAGAAAUACUGUUAAAAGAUAUAGUUGGAAACUACAAAAAGAUUAUCCAUAAUUAUGAAACUACUGAUAAAAGUUUGAGUUUGGCAGACAACACUUCUUUUAUUGGCCAAAACUUAACAGCGGUCAAAAAUUUGACAAAAAUGCUGCCUGCGCUUCGAAGUGUAUCUGGUGAGGCAGCUAAUAUGGUGCAAGAUGUGGUGGAUCUUCUAAAUUCUAAAGAAAACAAAACAAAGAGCAUCUUAAAAGUAUCAGAAAUUAAUUCUGAUCACAAAAUAAAUCACACAAAACCAAAUAUGACACUUUUAAAGUUUGUUGAAAUUGUCAAAGUGGAAAAAAACUCUAGUGAUAAAAAUGCACAAGUAAAAUCUGUAUCUGACCUGUCCAAUGCAGUAAAUAGCUUACUUGAAAAUGUAUUUAAGUUUGUUGGAAAUAAAAGUAACUUUACUAAGAAAGAUAUUCCAAGUGCACAAGGAAUAAAAAAGAUGAGCUCAGAAGAGAAUAAAACAGCGAAAGAAAUGAACCAAUCCAAACAAAGAAUCAUUAAGAUAACUAAUGAACUGAACGAUUUGCUGGAGAAAGUGUUUGCCAACCCAUUACCAUUUGAUAAGAAAGAGAUAUCAAAAAAUGAUUCAAUAAAACAAAAUUCAACAGCCACAAAAGUUUUUCAAAAAGAAAACCUUGAGAGAAAUCCUAAAAUUGUAUUGUAUAAUAGUAGCAAAUCUAAUAAUGACUUUAAUGAAAUUGCAGCUAAUUUGCUAACAAAAUUUAGGCCAACUUCUCAAACAAAGGUAAGCAAUUAUAAGAUUUCUGAAACGAUUGAAGAGAGAAAAAGUGAAAGCAAGGUAUCAAAUAAUGUUUUGUUUCCAAUUCAUUUAAAAUCUUCCAAAAUUAUUCCAAAAGUUGAGCUUGUGGAGGUUAAAAAAAAUCCUUUGUUGUAUUCUAUUGAAGAUAAUAAUAUGCCUGACGAAAAAAAUAAACCAAAUACUCCAGCUUCUAUUUUAAAAAUUGGGAAUUUUGUAGGAGAUACAUUUAGUAGCACUAUACCUAUCGAAACCCCUUACAUUCAGCCAGUAAAAAAUUCUAAAACAGGAUUUUUUCAUAACAAAUAUGUACAAGUAGUUGAUAUACCAUUGCAUGAUGUCAAUGAUUUCAAGACUUCAUUUAAUGAGCCCAGUGAUAUGUCUAGUUUUUUAAAAACAGAGGGAACUAAGUUGACAAAUAAUUUUAAGAGUAUACCAAGCAAUAAAAUGUUUUUAAUGGAUAAAAAACAGGGAGAAUCUUUAUUAGAUACUUCCAUGCACCUUCACGAUGAAAAUUAUUUUCUAAAAAACAAUCAAAUGGGACAUACAAAAAGUGAAAUAGUGGAAGAAAUAAAGGAGAAAAAAGUAGCAAAUACUAUGCCUACUUUUUCAAAAAUAGUUCCCACAAUAACUCCUUUAAAAUCAAUACCUAUGAGCAAAUCUGGUGGAAUCAUUCUUCAACGUAUUUCUUACAAAAACCAAGCACAAUCGCUUAAAGAGAAAAAUGAAAAGGGGUUUUUUAGUGGCAUUAAAUCUGAUCGUUUAUUGAAUAAACCUUAUUUUAAUAAAUUUCGAAACUAUAAGCCUAGGGCACAAAACAAGUUAAAAGAAAAGCUGAACUUUAUCAAAGCAACAAUUGAAGAUUUAAACAGCUUCCUGCAUGAUCUUUCUUAUCAAAAAAAACAUGAAAAAUUAGACGAUAAAAAAAAAAUCAAACAUUUGAGACCUGAUGAAGACAAAAAGAAUGAAGCUAGUUUUAAUCCAGUGGUAGUUCAUAAUAAAAACAAUUUAGGUAGCAUGCAUUCUGCAGAAGGUGUGUUGAAAGAUUUAUUUCAACAUUUUUCGCCGGCUGAUAGCCGUAUAGGAUCUGUAUACAAAGAUGUGUCUGGAGGAAGAAAAGAUGAGCUACCAAAACCGAAACAACAAAUUGAUCUUUCUCAAGAAUCUUGUCAUGUGCAGUCUGUUACGUUUAACAAAACAAUCAAAGGAGGUUUACAUGCUGGAUUGUUUCAACCUGUAUUUGAGAUUCAUAGCAUGGGUGAUUGUGUCUUAAACUGUUGCAGUGCAGAAAAAUGCCACCUUGCGAUGUAUUAUAUGGACUUUUGCUACUUGGUAAAAUGUAAUGAUGAUGAAGCUUGCAGUCCUGUUCCACUCACCUCAAUUUCAAAUCAAUCACCAAUGUUGGUGAAAAUCAGAAAUGUGAAUAAUAACACAGUAUCAAAUCCGAAAUCAGAAGUAACUGCUGCAAUUGAUGAUUUAGUUUCUAAACUGUGGAAGUUAAAGUUAGAUAAGCACGAAUCAGAAGAUGAACACAUAUUUAAUAAAGAUACAAUUACACAAGUUACUAACAUAUCAUAUACAAAUGAUUUGAAAAAUAAUUCCCAAAUUUUUUCUAACACAACCACACCUAGGGUGGUCACACUUCCAAUAAAAAGUAUUGACACACAAGGUAAUCUAGACUCGAAAGUAUAUUCAAGAAGUGGCGCCAAUAAAACAGAAUUUUUCUACCACAUUGAAAACAAAACAAAACAUAGUAACAGUGUUUCAAAUAAAGUAACUAACAUUGAUAUUAGUACUGAUAGUACAAAACAUAUUGAAUUAAUUACAAAUAAUUCAACUAAUGACAUUAAAAGUAAAAUAAAGUAUGUUGAAGGUGACCUCACAAAAUUUAUCAACAUUACCAUGAAUAGUUUGAAUGUUAUCAAUGGAUCUCAAGUGAAAACAACUUUUAAUGAUGAUAAAAACAUUAUUAAGACAAAUGAAACUUUAGUUAUAAAUGAAAAAGUGUCCGAAUUUUCUCCAAAAAAUUUUAGCCAUUUUUUUAUGAGCGAAAUUGAAAGUUUGGUGGCGGAUGCUUUAACACAUUUAAUCAACCAAACAAAUAAAGUUGCGUUUAAAACCAAAUUUAACCAAACAAACAAUGUUGCAUUUGAAAACCAAAUCAACCAAACAAACAAAGUUACAUUUGACACCAAAAUCUUAGAUAACAAAACACUUUCAGAUACAAAAAAUGUAACAGAGAGUAAAGUUGUUGCAAAGGGUAUUUUAAAUAAGGAAGUUCAAAAUACAAGUUUAGUUUUUACAGACUUUAUACAGUUUGUGAACUCAACAUCUAAAAAAAUUCCAAAUGCAGUACAUUUAAAUAGUUUAAAACAAGGUAUAAAUAUCUCCAACCUUUUGCAAGCACUCAACAUAAGGGAAAAUAACCAAGGAAAACAUGUCACCCCAAAACAUAAAUUUAUCAGAAAUAAUAAGUUUGGUUUUAGUUUUCAAAAAGAAAAUCCAAGUUUAUUAACUAAUCCUAACGAAACAAAUGAAAAUAAUUUUUUGAAUUUAAAAGAAAAAGAUAAAGUUGCAUUAUUAUUUGCAAAGCCGAUUCUUCCACAAAAAUCAAUGACUCUUUUAAGUAGAAAAUCCAAAACACUUUUACCAUCAAAUAUAAAUAAAACUUUUAUAGAUGUUACUAUUUUACCAAAUGCUGAUUAUAAAAGUAUGAAGAUUGUUGAUAGAAUAACUGGUGCUAUUAGUGGUACAUUAAUGCAGAAAAAUGAGUCUUUUAAAUUGUUACCCAAUAUUCAAUCUAACAUGUUUACCAACAUACAUAAUUACAGUGAUCUUGUACAAAGUUUUAACAACAGAAGCAGUGAAGAGUCACGUUUCACUGAACGCGGUCGUAAACAUAUUUUAAUUCCUAGUCCAGCGCAGACUCAUUCUCAAAAUAGCAAUAGCUACAAUAUGUUGACUUGCUUAUCAACAGAUAUAAAGACAGGAAUGACAUUAAAGGCAGGAACAGAAUCAGGACACUUUAUUUACAGAGAUAAAGUUACAGACUUUGACGAAUGUAUACAGGAAUGCUGUCGAGAUGCUUCAUGUGACAUGGCAGUUUCAAUUAAUAAAAAUUGUUAUAGUUUAUCUUGUGAAAAUUUGGAUGCGUGUUCAAUUUUACCUGCUGAAGCAAAUAGUGAGUUUGUUAUUAAAAUUGCUGAUGUAAGAAAAGCUAUGGCUAACGAAAUUGAAAAUGGACAAUCUGAAUCUGGAAAAACAUCUGAAGUUUCUGACAUUUCUCCUGAAGUAAUAUCAUUCUGCAAACAUGGUGAAAUAUUAUUGGAUGUUACACUAAAAGGUGGAAACGAGGCAGGAAAGUUCACUAGUCAUGGUCAUGUUUCAAGUUUAUAUGAAUGUAUCCAGCAUUGUUGUGAUGCACUAUAUUGUGAUUUAGCCAUUAUAAUAGCAAAUAACUGUUUUUCUGUGUAUUGUCAUAGUAGAGAGCUAUGUGAAACUUAUCCUACAAGUAAAGACAAUAAGUUAAACAUCAAAGUAAUUUACUUACACAGUAGAGAGCGAAUUCCUUUUGAUAAAGCAAAAAAAACUGAUAAAGACACUCUUUAUAAAACCUUGAAGAAGUUGGAUAAGGAAUCGAAUUUUGAAAAUAAAGAAACUAAAGAAUCAAGAGUUUCAGAAUUAGCAGUUACUACUUCCAAUGAAGAAACAAAAAAUGUUCAAAUUACUAAAGUAAACUCUGAAGUAGAAGCUUCGGUUUUAACAACUGUGUCUCCAAUAUCAUUGUUAGCAACUACAGAAGAAACUACAGUUACUACCACAUUGACUACAACUCUGCCUUCUACCACUUUGGCAAUAGAAACAACAAAUCAACCAGCCAUCGAUAUCCAGAUUGCUGACACUUCAACCACUGUAAAGCCAUUGUUAUCUCCACAAGAUUUAAUAACACUUAUUCGUAUUUUAAAAUCUGAAAACACAGAUGUUGCUUUAAAACCAGCUCUAAACUAUGAAAAUGCUGCAAAUAAAGCAAUAAUUUCACCUGAUGAUAUAACAAAAUUAGUACGAAUAUUAGAUCAUCCUGUUAACACAUUGUUACAUCCUUUAUCAGCAACAACAGAAAACAUCCAGCAUCCAUCUACAGAAUCAGAUCACAUACAUGAUAUUCAUAAAGCAGAUGCAAAUGCUCCAAUCAAACAGCAGUUAGUUAACAAUAUAUCUAUAACUAAUGCAGACAUACCUGUUCCAGCAUUCUCUGAUGUUAACAAUAAAGAUCAAGAGAAAGGUUAUGAAUUUGUAACUGGGAAAGCAUCUAAUUUGCUAACCAAUGAAACCGAAUCUUCAGAUGUAUUACUAAAACUGGAUGAAUCAAAUGGGCUUUUAAACAAAAGUAAAUGUACACCUUAUCAAGUGUUUGAAGAUAAAACUUUAUAUGGUGGAUCCAAAGCUGGAAAAUUUUUCCAUGAAAAAAAUAUACAUUCUUUUGAUAAGUGCAUUGAAAAAUGCUGCAUUGUUCAGACAUGUGAUAUAGCCUUGAUGAUACAGAAGCUCUGUUUUUUAGUAACCUGUUAUUCACGAGAAUCAUGUGAUGUUAGUAAUAUGAAAUCAUCUCAAUAUCUUCCAAAGAUUGCAUACAUAAGGAUUGCACUAAUGGAUGUUGAUAGUGAUGGAGAAAGAAGAACAAUGACUGAAAAGUUACAUUACAAAUCAGCAAUUGAGAAGAAAAAUAAAGUGGUUUUUGAAAAUCCAACAGAUCUUCUUGAAAAUCUUAAUAACAAGAAAGAAAAGUUCAUAGCUUCAUUGAUAGGGCAAAAAAAGCAAAACAUAAAUUAUUUACCUAAGUUUAAUAAAUAUCUUUUUAAAAAUGGUACCAAUUUUCAAAGGCAUUCAGUUUCUACUAAAUUAAGACACAUCAGUCCAAAAGCUAACUUACAUCAAAAAACAAUGCAAUCGACUUUAGGUAUAUCUGCUACUGUAAAGUCACAUGUGAAUAUUCGCCCGCAUCAUAUUAAGGAAAACAAUAAUAUAUCUUCAAGUCAUAAAAGUAGAUUGGGUAACAGUAAAAAAAUAAUGCCUAAUCUUUUUAACAAUGAGUCUAUUAAAAUAUUUAGACAAAAAGAGUUUUAUCCAACUGUUUUGCCCUAUUUGCAAAAAAAUACUGUUAAUACUAUUAACACAAAAUCACAUAGAAAAUAUUCUACUUUUUUUCCAAUCACAAACUCUAAAAGUAUUAAGCUAGAAAGUAAAACAACAAAAGUUGAUAUUUAUAACUAUACAAAUAAGAAAAAUUGGAUUGAAAAACCCAUAGAUCAAUUUUUUCAUAUGACCCUGAAACGAAAUGAUUCAAUAUUCUUGUCCACACUAAAAGAUGGCAGUCCCCUAAAUAGCACUGAGAGAGGAAAGGUUUUGGAGUCUUCUUUUUAUAAUGAAUCUUUUUUAAAGCAUACAAAAACACAAUUGCCUAAAGUAUUUCCAACAACCAGUUCAGAACAAAUUUAUCAGCAUAAUGAAACGAAUGUAUUACCAUCGAACUACUUUAGGCCUACUUCAAGUAAUUUUAAUAAGCUAAAACUUUCUUCAGUAUCCUAUCCAAUGUUUCAACUAAAUUUCAGUCAUGAAUUACAUAAUAUGACAUGGAGUCCAUUAAAUACAUCUAAAAUAUUGACUAGAAAGACAAAAGAAAACCAAUCAUUGGUGACAUUUUUAGUAUAUAAUAACUCCAACAAAGAAAACUUUGUUCACCUUGAAAACAAAUUACGUAAAACUGAAGUUGCUUCUUCAUUUCCAGAUCCCUUAAACAAAUUUAAACUUAAUAAAUUUAUGAUUCAACCUUUAAUAAAAUUGGUUAAUGAGCUUGUUCACAAUGAAACUAAAGUCUCACUAGCUAACAUGAAAAGCUAUAUACAAAAGUUAAAAGAAGUUUUGGAUAUUGAAACUGAUGCUAAAAUUGAAGAACAGAAAGAAUUUUAUCUGAGUUCUCAAAAAUUAAAAGAAAAUUUUGAACAAACACAGUAUAUUUUGGAAAAGUUAAAUAAAGUCAUGAAAUCAGUUCAAGAUUUGGAAAAGGAGAAAAUAAAAAAUAACUCUUUAAAAAAUAAAAAUGAUAGUUUUAUAAAUUGGUCAAGACAAAAAAUUAAACAAUUGAAAUUUAACCAUUUAAAAAAAAGUUUUAAAAAGAAAAAAUAUAAUUUAAAGAAAUCCCAAUACAGCAAAGAGGAUUUAUUAAAAGAAUUUAGAAUAAAUACCAACACAUCAGUUAAAAACCAAAUAAACUUAAAAGAAAUUCGUAUCAAUCUACUUGAUAUUAUUGACAAAUUAAAUUUCAUAGAUAAAGAAGUGAUAACAAACAAAUCUCAACUCUUAGGUCCUGUUUCCAAAACAACCUUUUUUGAAGAAAACAUAACAAGAGAAAAAGAAAGAAAGAAAAAUGAUUAUGCGAAUCUAAUGAGAAAAUGCAACUCUAACUUUACUUUUUACCCAAACCAAAGACUUAAAGGUGGUUUAAGAUCAGGUUUGUUUAGUUUUAGAGGAUUUGUUUUUAACAUAGAAGAUUGUGUAAAAGCUUGUUGUCAGUUAGAUAAUUGCAACAUAGCAUAUAUUCAUAAAACACUGUGUUUUACAAUACAGUGUAGUAAUUCUGCAUUGUGUGUCCCUGUUGCAAACAAACACCAAAAAGAAGAAUCAAUGCUAAUAUUUUUAAAAAGAAUGCCAGGAAGUCACAGUUUGUUUGAUGAGUCUGAAAUAAUACUAUCUGAUCCUGAUUUAGAGCUUCACCCUAAAUCUUUGCAUCCUGCUGUUUCCAUAAGAUCUGGUAAAACAGAUGGAACUAACAUAAGUGAAGGUUUCAAAGAUAUAACGCCUUUUAAUGAUGUCCAAAACAAGGUUUUAACACCAAUACAUUCAAAUAUCUACAACGAUGUUAUGUGUUUAAAAAGCAACACACUAAUUGAUUAUUCGUUAAAAGGCAAGUGGAAGGCAGGAGAUUACAUUAAAUAUGAAAAUAUAAAGAGUAUAAAUGAAUGUAGAGAUCUCUGUUGUAAAUGGAGCGAAUGCCAUGUUGCCUUGUUACUUAAAAAUUGUUACAAUAUUAAGUGUAAAUCAAGCAACAAAUGUACACUUACAAAUACUCAAGUAGAUAAAUUUAUUCAAUCAAAACUUACUAUUGUAAGAAUAUUUGGAAAAAGUUAUUUGCAAGUGCCUCAAAAAGCUCAAGAGAAAACACUAACAGAUAAACAUUUAAUUCCAACUGUGUCUGUUCAAAAAAUUUCAAACAAAAUAAUUUCCUAUAAAAGAAAAAGCCAAAUUGAAAAUGAAACAGCAAGUAUGGACCAGUUAAAAGAUUUGGAGACUUUGUUGGAAGACUUUAAAAAUACUUCAAGCUUCGAACAAAUAAACAAUAUCAAAUUUCAGCAAACUGGUAAUAAAGUAUUAUCUGUAAACAAUGAAAACGCAACAAAUAUUUCAUUUGAUGACGAUGUAGAGCCACUAAGGCAAAAAUCAAGUUUAUCUUCAAACAGUGAAAAUAAAAUUGAUGUCAUUCCAGAGCUUUCAAUUGUUACAACUGAUAAUGAUUAUGAAUUGCCUCCUGAUAAAAUAAUGUUUUUUUCUACACCAAGCAAGAGCUCAAACUAUGAUGAAAUAAAAAAUUUAAAUGCGAUGUAUUCUGGACCUACUGAUGCCCUUAAAGAACUUCAAUCAAAAUACUUUGCUCAAAAUGAUUUUAAUGAAUUAGGUUUUAACAACCCUACACAAGGCAUGUCUAGUGUACAUACUAAACCUGCCAUGCAGGCCACAACUCUAACUAAAAAUGUUGUUAUUUCCACAUCCACAACUCUAAAUGCACCUAUCAGUCCAACUUCUCGCAUCAUUCAGAAUACACAAGCCAACAUGGCAACAUACAAAAUAUUUGAUAGAAAAAGUGAUGAAAAUUAUGAAAAUGACAAGCAGAAGAGUCAAAAUAAGAUUGCUGACCCAGAAAGUUCAAUAUUAGUUUACAUAGAUCCAGAGGAUCAAAAUUUUGAUAUUGUUGAAAAACCUACAGAAGCCCCUCAUUUUGAGCCUAAAAUUGAUCAAAGAAAUAAUUUUACUGACUUUUCAAGUAGUUUUAUAAAUAAUCCACUCAAUCAAACCAAAGAACAGGUUAUAGUUAACAAAGAAACUUCAGUAAAUUCAAAUAAAACAGAUUUUGCUCCAAAUGAUUUUAAAAGCAAAAAGUUAAAUGACUUAAAAUUACAUUUUAGUAACAAUGAGCAAAAUGUUACAGAAAAUAAAAUGAAUACAAAAAAUGUUACAGACAACAGUGUAUAUGAGCACAAUUUUGCACAAAAUAUACAUUAUCAGCACAACAUAACAGGCAAUAAAGCAAAUGAGCCUAUUAUUUUAGGCAAUAAAGUUGUGUUAAAUACUGUUUUCAGUGGUAAUGAUACCAGGAACCAAACUCCAUAUAAAAACUCUGAUCUUGUAAAUUUUCCCCGUAAAAAAAUAUGCAAGACAACUGAUCGCCUCUACAAUACAACUUUAAAAUAUGGACUAAAAUCUGGAAUAUUUUUUGAUGAAGGAAUAGUUUCUAAUCUUAACAUCUGCAUUAAAAUGUGUUGCAAAAAAAAUGAAUGCAAUAUUGCAUUUAUGCUUAAAUCAAGAUGCUAUUUAAUUGCCUGCAGUGAGUUUGAAAAAUGCACUCCUAUUUUGUCAAAGUCCUCAUAUUUUUCUCCUAGACUUGUCUAUGUACCAAAAUCUGAAACUAUGAGACAAACAUUCAGAAAUAUAGUUAAAGAUUUUCAAGAUAAAACUCUUAAAGAAAAAAUAACUACAGAACCACUACUCUUACCCAUAGAUAGAAGUGAUAAACAAAUUUCAGAAUUAGGUUUAGUUAAUUCCUCUCUGUUAAGCUUAAAAACAAAAAAUGCAUCUGUAAUUAAUGAUUCUAUUUUACCAACAUCCAUGAUUGAUGGUGUUGUAUUUAAAGCAUCCCCUCUAAAUGUAAAACCAACUGUAAAGUUAAACAUUGCGGAAAAUAAGACAGGAAAAAUAUUGCAGAAACAAAAUGAACAUUUACAGUAUAAUAAUUUUGAUCAGUCUAUAAAAUCAUUGCAGUUACAGUUUAAGGCGAUGAUGUCAUUAGUAUUAGACAGAUUCCAAAGUAUGGAAUACAAUAAAACAAUUAUUAUAGACUUAUUAAAGAACUUAACAAAUGAUAAUAUGAAAUCUGAGGGUGAGCGCAUGAAACUAGCAAUAGACAUGUUACAAGGUAUUCACAAAGAUUUGGAAAAAUUAAAACCAAGUAUAGAGAGCCACAAUGAAAUGAAUGUGACCAAAUUAAUGGCAUCUUUUUUAAAUGCAAGUAAAAUAGAAACUGAUCCUAAAAGCAGUUUUGAUUUAAAUAGCACUUUAAACAAAUUCGCAGAGCAUAUUGUUGGCCUAUUAAAAACAGAUUUCUCUAGAAAACUCAAGACAUCUCCAGUUUUACAGAAUCAUGUUUAUAAUCCUAAUUUAAAAAAUUAUGAAAAUUAUACAGAAAAAAAUCUAUCAAUUAAAAAACUUCAACAUGAAAAUCAAAUCUCAAAAACUUCACUUGAAGACAUACUAAAAGUAAAAAGUGAAAAAGCAGUAGAAAAAGUUACUAAGCUAGUUGAAAAAAUGGAGUCAUUCAUUAAUCAUGUAGACACAAUUAACAAAAAACUUUAUAAAAAUCAGCAAAACAAAACUGCUGAUGAAGAGUUUCUCAAGUAUCUCCACAAAGAAAUUAAUGUCCUAAACAUGACAGAGGUAUUAACUAAAAUACAAAACCAGGUUAAAGACUAUCUACACAAGGAAUCUGAAAAUAUGAAACACACACUUGUAGAACCACUUAUUGGGAGAAUUGAUGCCAUUAUGGAAAAUAUAACUUCAUUUGAAAAAAAAAGAGUUUUUCCCACUCAGAUUCCUUCACCUGCAAUUAAAUUGCAACACAAUAAAGAAAUAAAUUCUAAAGAGUACAAUAGUUAUAAUAAAAAUCUUAAAAGAAACCAAAUACUAAAUGUCGCUUCAAAGACACUUCAAAAUGAUGUCAAUUCGAUUGUAGCAAACUUAAAGCAAGAGUUGCACUCAAUAACAGAACAAGUUCAUAGCUCAUUAUUUAGUCAAGGGUUUGGGAAAGUGCCAGGGGUUCCUAUUUCUUACAAUCACUUUUUUUCUAAAAAAGCUAGUUCAGCUUUAUCAGCUGUUCCACAGUGCAGCCACACUUUGCCUUCUGUGGGGUACACCUUUGCUGGAGGAAUUAAGUCUGUUGAAUAUUCAAGUGUUGGGAAGGUAAACACAUUUCAAGAAUGUAUUGAGUAUUGUUGUCAGUAUAAAGAAUGCGAUGUAGCUUUGAUGCUAAAUCAACACUGCUAUAAAGUGCGUUGUCUCUUAAUAGAAGGGUGUCAGAUUGUUAAAGCAAAUGAUUUGCUCUUUGAGGUAAAACUGGCUGUAUUAAGUCGGUACUUUGAAAGGCAGCAGAAUAUAUCAACCACCAAAGUAACCUUUUUAAACAAACCAUCAUUGUUUAAAAUAGUUCCAUCAAUGUUCAUUUCAAAUACAAUACCAACUAGAUACCACUUUGUUGCUAACAACUUUCAAAACAAACCAGAUAAAAGUAUGGCUACAACUGAUGAAGGAAAUUUGUUAGCUGAUAUGUCAGUACUAAAACCUACAAUGCAUUUGGCAAGUUCAAUACUAAAGCCUACAACGCAUUUGGAUAAUACUAUGCUUUCUACAACUGUAGUACCUAUUUUAAAGCAAGUUUUUAAUGAUUUAAAAACUCAUACUGUCAAUAAAACCUUAUAUACAGAAGAACAAUGUUUGCAUGAAACAGUUAAAGAUGGUUUUACAUUGAGCAAAGGACUUAAAGCAGGUCAAUUUUCUAUGGUAGGAAGUGUAUAUGAUUUUCCUCAAUGCAUAAAAAAAUGUUGUCAAUCAAAUUUAUGUGAUGUAGCUUUUAUGAUUAAGCACAUUUGUUACACAGUUAAAUGUUAUAAAUUGGAUAGUUGUGAUUUAGUUCCUGCAUUUAAAUCUGUAUACAAUCCUAAAGUAGUUGUUAUGAAAAGGUUUAGUGACACGCUUUUGAUUCAGCAAAACAACCUGGUUGCACAUACUAAUUUUGAUGAUAAAAAAGUUUUUGUAUCAAUUCCUACAAAACUUUGCGAUCAUAUGACACCAACUACUGAUGAAAUUCUAGAGCAGGGAUUAGACAUAGCAAAAUACAAAAGUAUGGGGGAGGUCAAAGAUUUUAAUAUAUGUCUUGAAAAAUGUUGCAAAUCAAGAUGCGAUAUGGCGCUAAUGGUAAAUAAACACUGUUACCAAGUUGACUGCUUCAAGCAUGAUUGUAGAUUAGUAAAAACAAAUGAUUCCAUAGCCACAAUAUCCAUUUUGAAAAGCUACUUUGAUAAAGUACUUAAUACUAAAACAAUGUUAGAGAAAAAAAAUGUGGGAAAAAAUAGUUUAAAGAUGUUAACCACAACUCGAUCACCUCGAUAUUUUUCAGUAAAUGACAAAAUAACCAGGAUCAUAUCAGAUAUUACUCCAUAUGAGUUAUGCAACCAUAGCGCUGUUCAAUCUGGUUUUACACUUUUUGGUGGACAAAGUUCUGGAGUCUACAAAAAGCAUGGAAAAUUAACUUCAUUUGAUGAUUGUUUAAACCUAUGUUGUCAAGAUGAGGCUUGCAACAUUGCUUUCAUGAUUGCAAAUUAUUGUUUUACGAUACAAUGCAAUAGUAGCAUAAGUUGUAGGUUAGUACAAUCUAAGCCAACUAUCUACACUCCUUUAAUUUCUAUUGUUCGAAAAUAUGUUGGGGAGCAACUAACAAAAAAUGUAAAAAAAAUAUCUUCCAUUGAUUCUCAACCUAAAGCAUUUGUUGAUAAUUCUUUAGCUAAAACAAAAUUUAAAAAUGAUAUUAUUGAUCAGCAAGAUAAAGAACUUAUAGAUAGCUUAUCUCCUCUAUGUAAGCAUAGUAUCCCAACAUUAGGUUACACUUUGCUGGGAGCAAUGAAUUCCGGAAAUUUUACACGAUUAGGUAAUGUAAAUCAAUUUAGUACAUGUGUGAAGGCUUGCUGUCAUUUUGAACAAUGUGAUCUUGCAUUUAUGCUUAAAACUCACUGUUAUGCGGUUCACUGCAUACUUGAGGAAGAGUGUCUUCUUGUACCAGUUGCUAAAGGCUCUUCACAUUUGCCUACCACUUCCAUUAUUAAUGAUGCAAGAGUGUCUAUUCAAUUAAAAUCAACAUUAUCUACGCCUCUACAAAGUACUAAUAACUUAGUACACAAAAGUGAACAUUUUCCUACACCAUGGGUUACUCAAUUUAAGUCUUUAAAUAAGCAAAACACAGCAACUAUAACACCAGUCCCAUCAGCACAGAUAUCUGUUCAAAAUCCUGUUAAAAGAGCACCAAAAGCAACAUUAAAAACUGAAAAAACUAAAGCAAUGGUAAAGGCUUCAUCAAAAACUACAUCAAAAGUAGCACUCAAAGCAACGACAAAACCAACAAUAAAAGAAACACUGUUAGUAACACCAGAAACAACAACAAAAGUAACAACAAAAGAAACACUGAAAGCCACACCAAAAACUACAACAAAAGCAACAACAACAACAACAACAAAAGCCACACUAGAAACAACAGCAAAAACAACAACAAAACCAACAACAAAAGCUACACCAGAAACAACAACAGAAGCAACAACAAAAGCCACACCAAAAACAACAACAAAAGCAGCAACUAAAACGAUACCAGAAACAACAAUUAAAGCAACAACGAAAGCCACACCAGAAACAACAGUAAAAGCAACCACAAAAGCAACAACAAAAGUAACGACAAAAGCAACAACAAAAGCAACAACAAAAGCUACACCAGAAACAACUACAGAAGCAACAAUAAAAGCCAGACCAGAAACAACAGCAAAAACAACAGAGCCAGAAACAACAGCAAAAAAAACAACAAAAGCUACACUAGAAACAACAACAAAAGCUACACCAAAAGCCACACCAGAAACACAAACAAAACCAACAUCAAUAGCAACACUGAAAGCAAGACCAAAAACAACAACAAAAGCAAAACUAAAAUCAAUCAAACAAAAUCAAGACAAAUCAAAGACAAAACCAAAACCAUCCCAAGAAGCAACAACAAAAGCAACAACUAUCUUAACUAAAAAAGAAGCAUCAAAAACCAUACUAAAAAUAACACCAGUAGCAACAAUAAAAGCGAAAAUAAAAACAACAAAUUUAAUACCUCAAAAAACAGCAAACUUAUCAGUACUUAAAACACCAACAGUAACAUCCUUCCAUAAAGAAAAAAAAUAUCUCAAAAAAAUAAAACCAAAAUUAUUACACUAUACAGAAGAUCAAAACAUAAGACAUCUUAUAGCUAGCUUUACACCAGAAUUAGACUGUAAGUAUAAUGAUGUAAAACCUGGUUUUACUUUGCUUAGUGGAGCAAAUGCAGGCCAUUUUCUAUAUAUGGGUAAAGUUAAAGACUUUGAUACAUGCAUCUCAAAGUGUUGCAGCCAACAAGACUGCAAUGUUGCUUUUAUGAUAAAAUUUAAAUGUUAUGCAGUCCAUUGUCGAUCAAGGUAUGACUGCAUGCUUAUAAAAGCCAAACCUUCUGAGUUUAUGCCAAUUGCUGCUUCUAUGAAGUCAUUUUUAAGUGAGGAAAGUAAGACUAGUAAUCUUCAAAAAGAUGAAAAUGAAACCAACGAAUUUUCAAAAGAAUUUUUUUUAAACAAAAGUAAAUUGGAAGAGGAAAAUUAUUUUAAAAAUAUUAAAAUCACAGAUAAGAUCUUGAGAAGCAAAAUUCCAACUGCAAGUAGUUUAGGAACUAUUAAACCCCCAGUCACAAAACCACAGUCACAUUUUUCUAACAAAAUUAAUACCAUGUCCGGGCUACAUGGUGAAUCCACGACACACAAAUCUUACACACGCCAAUCUACUCUACAUUUGGCACAUCCCCUGUGUCAAUAUAGCCCGGUUUCUUACAAUGUUUCGCUGCGUCAUGGAAAGGAGUCGGGCUAUUUUACUGAUCAGGGGGUUGUGAAAGAUCCAAUCCACUGUGGAGUGAAGUGCUGUCAAGUUCCUAAAUGUGAUGUAGCACUUAUGCUAAAAAAUAAAUGUUAUACAGUUUCUUGUAUAACAGCAAGGGGGUGUGAAGCAGUUGAGGAUACUACUUUACCAUUCUCUUCGGCUGUAAUUUACAUCAUUAAAAGCAGUCAAAAGGAAAGUUCUAACAGUCUUGUUGAUUAUCUUCAUAAGUCUAAGAUAAAAGAAUUCCAAAGUCCUUAUCAACUUCAAAUUAAAAGAAAGAGAAAAGAACCAAAGAACAUAGAGAAACUGCAUAAAUCUACCGAAACAACUAUAAGAUUGCAUUCUCCAUUUUCUGCUAAACAAAAAGCUUCUACAAUUAAAAAGUUUUUUUUAAACAACAUUUUAUCCCCUGAACUUAAAAAAAAUUAUUUACCAACAAAAACUGUGGUAUCUCUAAAAAAUCAUUUUGUAACAUCUACUGAUAAAGAAACCGAAAGGUCAAAUAUUGUUCUUCAUGAAGAUGAUCAAAUUCUAAAUGCAGAAGAUUCAAUAUUAAAUCAUUUUCCUGUUUAUAAAACUCCAACAUUCAAAUCAAUAAAGUACAGUUUAUCAGAUGAUCUUGUCAAUAAGGAUCAGGAGAAAGAAUCUAAAAGUGAAACCUUUCCUGAAAUAAAAAUUUUUAUUCCUGAAGAAGAUUAUCAAUUGAAUCUUGAUCCAACAUUAAAAGCUUUAUAUCACCCAACACCUGGCCUAAAUCCUUCAAAACUAUCAUCUUUAAGGGAUAGUUUUGUUCUAAAAAACUUUGUUGAUUUUAAUAGGAGCAGCAAAGUAUUUCCAAAAAGCAAAUCAUAUAUGAAUGACAAUAAUUAUGUUCCACAUUGUAUUUUUGGUGAACUUCAAGACUAUGUAACAUUGCAAGGAGGAUUAAAUGCGGGUAUUUAUUCUGAUAAGGGUGUUGUUUCUAGCCCAUAUUUGUGUGCAUUGCACUGUUGUAGUGAUAUCAAAUGUGAUUUAGCAUUUAUGAUAUUAAACAAAUGCUAUACCGUAGCAUGUUUGAACAAAAUGUCUUGUCAAACAGUAAAUGCUGCUGGAAAUCCUUAUCAUCCCCAGGUUAUUGCUGUCUCAAAAGAAUUUCCUAUUUCUAGUUUAUAUCAAACCACAUUUUCAAAUGUAUAUGAUGAAAAUGCAUUAAAAAAAGCAUUAACUACUUCUCAACCUAUUCUCCAGUCUACAACUACUCGCCAGUCUACAACUACUCUCCAGCCUACAACUACUCUCCAUCCUACAACUACUCGCCAGCCUACAACUACUCUCCAGCCUACAACUACUCUCCAUCCUACAACUACUUUCCAUCUUACAACUACUCGCCAGUCUACAACUACUCGCCAGUCUACAACUACUCGCCAGUCUACAACUAGUCGCCAGUCUGCAACUACUCGCCAGUCUACAACUACUCGCCAGUCUACAACUACUUUCCAACCUACAAAGAGUCCUAAAUUCCUCCUUAACCAAAAGGAUAUUCCUUCUUCUGAUAGCCAAAAUAAUAUCUUAUCUUCAGAAAGUGGAAAAAGUAUUUUGUCUUACAAACAUAAAGAUGCUUCAGCAUUGACCUCUAUAGUUGAAGAAAAUGAGAGUUGUUUAAAAAACUCAUUUAUAAGCAAUCUUUCAUUUACUAAUGGAUUACAAACUGGGAGUUUUAAACAAUAUGGUGUAGUUGAAAGUGAUUUAAAUUGUCUUGAAAACUGUUGCAAUGAAGAAGGUUGUGAUGCAGCUUUCAUGCUUAAUAAUUAUUGCUAUACUGUGAAGUGUUUCAUCAAGCCAUGCAAAUUAACAAAAUCAAAGUCUUUCUUAUUUAACCCAAGAAUCGCAUUAGUGGAAAGAUCUGGUGAGAUUUUAAGGAAGUCAUUUAUACCAACAAUGCCACUUGCUGAAAAUGGAGAUCCUUUGAAGAGUUAUUUUAGCCCGACUAGUAUUUCAAAGGAAAUUUUAGACACAAAACAAAUUAACAUAAAGGACACAAAACAAAUCAACAAAAAAAUUAAAAACAAAAGCAAAAUUACACAAAAGAUUGAUUCUGUUGUUAACAAACUUGAUAAAUUGGAAAAAAAAAUUUAUAGUUUAAGCCAAAAACCAAUUUUUCAAAAAUCAAAAUUGAUCCUAAGUAGACCAAAUAAAAUUAAUACAGGAGGAGUUUAUGACUUGGGAGCAACAGAUGUUGACUUUAGAGCCUGGGAUAAAAAUGUUCCUGAUUUAAAUGAUGAAAAGAUCAUACAAUAUGAUGACGACUUUAAAACAAAACGAAUUUUCGUCACUCCUCUGCACCAUAAAACAGAUGAAGAAGAACUAGAUCCUACUUAUUUAAAAGGAGAUGAAAGUGUUCCUGUAAUAAAGUUUAUUAAUGAUGAUGAAGGUGGUGAUGAUGAUGAAAAAGAAAAAUUGAAAAAUGAUAAUGAUGAUAUUGAUGAUGACAUUUAUGAUGAUGGUUUCUAUUAUAAAAAUAUUAAUUCCAAAAAGUUUCAUAAUCAAAGAAAAAUCCAUUUAAAUAAUGCUAAAGAAAGGAGUUUUAAAACAAAGGAACCGCCUUUAGUUGUUUUACAAAGAGUCACUGAAAACACCAAAAACAAGCUCAUUAAAAAAAAGUAUAAAAAAAAACAUUUAGAACGACACAGCAUUUAUGAAAACAAUUAUGUUAAAAAUGUGAAACCAGCUCCACAUGCGCAUGAUUUUGUUCGCUUCAUGACAACACCUGUUGCGACGCCUACUUUGCAACCUAUACAAGAUUUUACUAAGCCAUAUCAAACACAGGACUACAUAACAGUUCACAAAUAUGAAAAAAAAUUUGUGUUCCCAGUUCAUGAUGACAUUUCACCAGAUGAAGAAAGGUAUGUGGUUAUUCCAGACUAUAAAACUAAAAUUUUAAACUUACUUCAGGAAGAUAAGUUAAAUAGAAAUUAUUCACUGAGCAUUCACAAUGCAAAAGAAAAACAUUUAACUCAAAGCAUAAACUUAAAAAACAAUGCAAACAAGUUACACCUUUCAAAAUACAUUAAUGAAUCAUAUCCUUUAAUAAAUGAUGUUGAAAAUGUUGCUGUUGAAAAUUUUUACAUUAAUGAUUCUGAAUCACAUAUACAAAACAACACCACCGUGCACCCAUUAAUACAUCCAUUAGUACACCAAGAUAGUCCAAUUAUUAUGAACUCGAAUGGUGAAUUAAUCAAUGCAAUGGAGCUCAAGACCAUAGACAAUAAACCAGUUUAUCUGUUGAAACCAACUGGCUCCACUCAAACUUUGCUAACUACAUUAUCAACAGGAGAAAAAGUAAUUCGAGUCUUAAAAGGUGUGCUGGAAGAAAAUCGUAAAAGUCUUGAAAAAACCUUACAAAUGCAUCAACCUACAAAAAAGUCGAAUUCAGAUCCAACUAGUUUUACCAAGAAUAACGUAUUUGGAACCUUGAAAAAUGCUCCUCAAGUCAAAGGUUCUAAAAAGUAUUCAACUAAACCACCAACAAAUGGUGCAGCAGAAAGAAUUCUGUAUGCUGUUCGUAAGGCAUUACGUGAUGAGAAAGAUAAACUGUUUCGAGGCAUCAAAGUUGAGCCCACAAGUAAAGUUAUUUCUAAUAUAAAAAUUAAUUUAUCAAAAAAGGUACAGAAAAAGAAAGACAAAAAACACUCAAAAAAAAUUCUUGUUCCAAAUAAAAAAAAGAAGUCAUCUGAAGAGAGAAUAGAAGCUGCAAUUAAAAACUAUUUAAAAGUACAAAAAGAAGAACUAAAAACAAUUUUGAAUAAAACAUACCAGUUUACUAAACCAACAACAGCACCAAUAACUAAAAGCGAUGACAUUGAAGAAAAAAUUAUAUAUGCUAUUAAAAAAGUUCUUGAAGAAGAGAAAAAAGAAAUAGAAAUGUUGAAAAAUGAAUCAGUUUUAUCAACAUCACCAGUCUCCAAAUUAACAUCAAAAUCAGUUAGCGUAAAAAUUGCAGAUGCUCUCGAAAUUAUUCUUGGUAAUAACUCAGAUAAAAUUUAUCAAGAAAAUGGAAGUUUCCAUUUAACUCCUGAAGAAAGAAUUUCUUUAGUAAUAAAACGAGUUCUUGUUGAACAAAAACAAGAAAUAGAAAAACUUAGGAAUGAAUCUAAUAAAAUAUUGCACCAAAUGACACCUAUCUCUUCAACAACUCCAGUGUUGUUUAAUGAAAAGGUUCAUUCUGCCAUUGUGAGUGUACUUAAAAAUAAGAAAAAUAAUAAAUUCAACCAAACAAUUGGAAACCCUACAAAGAAAAGCAAAGGCUUUGGCACAAAACACCCCACUGAAAAUAGCCUAAAUGUGUUGAAAAAAGAAAAACAAAUAAAUGAAAUUGACACAACAAUAGACAAUAUUAAAUCCCAUCCAACAACAACAAUCACAGCACCCCUUGGAAUAAGUUUAACAAUGCCCAUUGCAUCAUAUCCAAAACAUGCAUCAGAACCCACCAGAACAUCAACUAAACACCAUCUAAUAUUAUCUCCUUUUCCCAUAAAAAACAUUAUCAGAGCUAUUAAAAAUGAAAUUAGAGAUGAAAGAAAAAAAAUUGAAACAAUAAUACACAGUGUUAAACCAACUCUCUCAUCAACACAAUCAACAACUCUUACUACAAAAAGCACUUUACUUGAUGAUAUUAAGGAUUUGUUUGCAAAAGAAAAACUUUAUGUCAAAGAAUAUCAGACCAAUCUAACAGCUUUUAAGCCAAAUAUAAUAGCAACUCCUAUACCAAUGAAAAAAAUUCUUAAGGCAAUAAAAGAAGAGAUGCGAGUUGAAAGAAAAAAAAUCAAAGCAUUAAUGCGUAGUAUGAAACCACAUAUCACUCUGUCUACAACAAGUUCAACAGUGACAACUACAAAAAGCACGUUGCUUGAUGAGAUUAAAGAAGUAGUGGCAAAAGAAAUAUUACAUUCCAAUCAACAUCAUAAUCUAACAACUUCCAGACCAAAAUUAAUGGCUACCCCUUUACCUAUAAAAAACAUCAUCAAAGCAAUAAAAGAUGAAAUAAAAGAUGAAAGAAAAAAAAUUGAAAUCUUAGUGCGUGGCAUUAAGGCACAUACAACUAAAUUACAACCUAUUUCAACAACACUUACUACAACUAAAUUACCACCUACUUCAACAACACUUACUACGAAAAGCACUUUACUUGAUGAUAUUAAGGAAUUGGUAGCAAAAGAGAAGAUACAUUUGAAAGAAUAUGAAACCACCCCUAAACCUAUUAUAAUAGUGAGUCCUUUACCAAUUGAAAAUAUCAUGAAAGCCAUAAAAAAAGAAAUGAGAAUUGAAAGAAAAAAAAUUGAAAAAAUAGUGCGUGAUCACAACUCCUAUCCUAGACUACAUACAACACUAUCAACAUCAACAACACCCACAGCUAAAACCACUUUAGUUGAUAAAGAAAAAAAAAUAGCAUUAAUUGAAAAAACAAAUUCUGAAGUGCUAAAGACUUAUAAAACAACUCCUAAAUCUUCAACAACUCUUUUACCAAUGAAGAACAUUAUCAAGACUAUAAAAGAGGAGAUUAGAGGCGAAAGAAAACAAAUUGAGAAAUUAAUGAAAUCACAGCUAACUAGAGCAACUGUACCAACAAAACACAUGACAACAAAACACACGACAACAGAACACACAACAACAAAAUACACGACAACAAAACACAUUACAAAAACAAAAUUGACAACAAAACUCGUUACAAAAAAUACUUUUGACAUGCUCUUAACAAACAUAUUAAAAAGACAAAAACAAGAAUCUCAGCCGUCUUCUUCUAUAAAAGAUGCCACAAACAUGAUAAGUGAAGUGAAAGAUUUGUUUAAGCAAAGUAAAAUUGCAAUUGAAAGUCUAAUAAACAAAACCAGAACAAUAACAAACCAGCAAACAAACAAAACUGAAACAUCAGCCUAUAGUAGCCAACUAAUUGUUGAUGGUAAAAACAAUGAAAAUAAAAUAAUUUCAGAUAUUAAACAAGAAAUACUUAAUGAAAAACAAGACAUUGCACUUAUGCUAAACAAAUCACUUGCUUUGCAUAACCCUACUGUAAUGUCAACAAAAAAACCUUUGGGAGCUGAAAUUUUGUCUGAAAUUAAAAAUAUCCUAAAAGAGGAUAGAUCAAGUAUGAGGGCACUCAUUAAUACUACUCUAAACGGUUUUAAAUCAACUUUGCCAACACCAAAAAAAGUUAAAAACUUUGAAACUGCAGAAAUGAUCUCUACCAUGAAAGAGGUUUUUAACAAAGAAAAAGAUGAUAUAAAUGAUAUAGUUGAGAAAUUAAAACCUUCAGUUACCACUCUUUCUUUUUACACAACAAAAAAUCCAUUAGUGAGGGAGAUGAAAGAUGCUUUGAGCAAUGAGAUUCUCGAGUUUAAAUCUCUUAUUGAUGAUAUUAAAUUAAAAGUUAAUCCCACUAAAACUACUUCAAAAACUUUUACUUACACACCCACUCACCCACACAUACAAACAUUCACUCAGAACUUAGUUGCAGAUUUUAAAGAUGUGUUAUCAGAAGAACGAAACGAAAUUGAGCAUUUAGAAAAAAAUGAAAACCCUUCUAAAAAAUCUUUAGAGAAAAACGCAGACAUUGUUAGUGAAAUAAAAAGUGCUUUAAGUGCAAGUACUGACACUAUUAAAGAUCUAAUUGUUAAAUCUGUCCAAAAUAUUCCUUUAUCUACGCAAAAACCUUUCAAUUUGCAUACUACAAAACAGAAGGUGACAGCCCUUAAAACUUUUCCCAUAACCAAGUCUGGCAUGUUACAAGAAAUAAAGGCCAUUCUUUUAUCUGAAGAUUCCCUAAUGAAGCAGAUGUUAAACCAAACAAAAAGUAUUAUUCAUGUCACAUCUAAACCUCUGACAACAUUUAUGAAGCAAAAACAAGUAUCUACCCAUGAUUCUGUUAUUGAUGCAAUUAAGGAAAUCAAAGGUGUUCUCGAAGAAGAAAAAAAUGCAAUAAAGUUUAUUCAAACAAACAUUACAGCACAUUCUCCAACUCAGAAACCACAUAGCACAACUCGAAAAUUACAUAGUCCAGCACAUAAAACAUACACUCCAGCUCAUAAAGUAUACACUACAGCUCAUAUAAUGCACACCGUAACUCAUAAAUCGAUUACUCUAGCUCAUAAAAGACAAAUUCUAAACAACAAUGCACACACAGCUUUCAGGCACAUACCGACUCACACACAGCAUACAAACAAACGAAAUAAUAUUAAUACUAAUAUACCUAUAUUUAGGUUAAAAACCCAGAAUAAAUUAGAACCCAACAGUAAAAGAGUUAUUAUUAUUGAAAGUAAUGAUUUAUCUAACGAUUUAUUUGAUGGUUACCUAACACAAUACAGAACCGAAAAUCCAAGGAAAGUUUUAAUCGAUGAUUUAAAAAAGUUGGAGGGCAAUGAUAACCUUGAAAAAAGAUUUAGUAAUAUUGAAAGAAUUUUAAAAUCUAACGUUCAACCACCAAAUUUUGAUGUCCAGUAUUCUCCCACUUCCAGACAGUUUAUAUCCCAAGUUGAAACUCCGCGUAUUCAAGGACAGUAUAUCCUCACUUCUAAGCAGUUAAAAGAUGCAUCACUUAUUCGAAGACAAAUGCAUCCUUACACCUCAAAACCUGUAACUCGAUCUCAUUCUACAAAGCACACUAAAGUAAAUACUACACCAAAAAUUAGAUAUUCCACAUCACAUUUCUUUACAAAAAAGUAUUCGCAUAAGACAAGUAAGCCGACUCCAAGACCAUUGAUGAUUUUAACACUCUCCAGGAACAAACAUUUAAAUCGCUACAAUACUGCUAUACCAACAAAAGUUUCUACAAAGAACAACAUCCCUGCUAGUGCCAGGAAUAAUGUUGAAAUGGUUCCAAGCAGAGCUGAUAAGUUAGAGCAAAAGUUAGAUAAAUUGACUCGCGAAAUGGAAAUAUUGGAAAAACUUGAAAAUGAUUAUAGAAAUGCUAAAAUGCGCGCUAUUGAAACUACUACCAUGGCUACAACAACUGCCACACCAACAACAAUUACUACUACUGCUACUACUAAAACAGCAACAACAACAACAGCAACAACAAAAACAUCAACAACAACAAAAAGUACAACAAAAAUAUUACCAACACAAAAAAAAUCCACGGCUGGUAAGAAGCUACCAGUAACAACCCCUAAAAAUAAGAUAAAUACUACUAAAAAACACAAACGAACGUGGCAUACUUUACACCAAAAAACCAUAAGUACAACAUCAAUACCGACUCAUAAAACAAGAGAAAAACAAUCACGCCAUAAAACAACUUCUUCUCCUCGUCACACAAAGUUAUUACGCCAUAAAACAAAUUCUUACUAUAUCAAACCAACACCAUUUGGAAACGCCUAUCAAAUUGAUGGGCAAGCAUUAAAGUUUGAAAAAAUGAAAACAUCUUAUGAUGGAAACGAUGAGGCGACCUUUAUUCAAAAAUUGAAAAAUGACGGAGAAACAGCAAAUGAACGAAAUCUAGAAAGACCAUAUCCUAUUAGUAAAAAGUUUAUAAAGUUUCAAAAUUUAAAAGAAACUUUAUCACCAAAUAACAAUAUUAUAUAUGGGAAUGAAAAUUUUAAAACUACGAAGCCAAGCCACGCCAACCAAGUUACGCAAAAAGUUUCUGCAAAAAAAAUUUCUGAGACGAAUGAUUACAUUUCACGACAUAUGUUUAGUGAAAGUUUAUCUCCUAAACUAUUUGAUAAUCAGUCUGAAAAGUUUGAAAGUGCAGAAAAUAUUUUUCGAUAUGAGCUUAAUACUAACUCAAUGCCAGAAGAUCUUAAAAUGCCAGCUGAAGAUAAUAUGGAUACAUUCAACGCAAAUAAUGACAGUCAAAUACCGAUUCUAGAAAAAUCGAAAAACCAACCAAAGGUUGAAGCUGAAGAUAAAAACUUGACAAAUGACAUUAUCAGUGAAAAUAAUGAUAUAGUGAUCAUAGUAAAUGAAGACGAUGCAGGUCAAGAGUUAGGAGAUGUUUAUAUUCAACCUCAAGAGCAAGUACUUCACGAAGAUGACGCAGAUUUUAAACCAACGUUAGGAGAUUUUGUUAUUCCCAAGUUUAACACCAAAAGGAUCGAAAAAGACGUAUUUAAAUCAACAUUGAAAGCUUCUAAGAUUUUUGAAACUAUAGUGUUAAGUCCGGAGAAUCCUAUUCCACCAGAUAAUGUUGUUUCUCUAGACAAUAAAACAACACCGUUUAUUUUUCCUACACAAAGAUCUACUAAAUCGAUUCAGACUGAUUAUCCAGUCACAACAAGAGAGCCAGAAACAGAUCGAGAAGGACCGUCUAUUGUAGAUAUAACAGAAAUAAAACUUCAUCGACCCGGGGUAAAUUUAGAUAAAAAAUCCAAUGUUCCUAAAGAAUUCAUUCCGUCUAAGCUCUUUUUCAAGAAUGUUCCAGAACAUUCAGUCAAUAAAACAGAAGUAAAUUCAUCACGCUCAACAAAUUCAUCAAGCUCAACCUUAAAACCCUUCAAUAAAAAGAAACAAAUACUGUUUAAAGAAACAAAGUCUUCAAACCUAAGCGUUAAUUACAGCGGAAAAAAACAUUUCAAUAUUCAAAACAAAAAUAAGCAGCAGUACGGAAAUGAUUUAAUAACCUCGAUGUUAUAUCCUACAAAUUCAUUUAUAGCAAACAUGCAAGUUAAUAGGCGUGUUUCUCAGGUUUCUGGAAGUAAUCAUUUUAAAAAUACUUCAAAAAAAGAUUUUAUAGUUCAAGGUGCCGGAACAACACUUAUUCAUUAUGGCUUUGAAAACUAUCGAUUAAACGAAAUAAAAGACGAUAGCGGAAAUAAUAUAAACGCAAUUUUGGUUGGUGGAGCACGUGUUACCAAGUCAGAUUCAAAAUGCGGAGCUGCUGUGGAGCUAAGCGGUGGAGAAAUAGUUAUUAGUAAUGAAGGACUAGCUAAUAAAGAACUUGAAGCGAUAACAAUAGCCAUGUGGAUAAAGCUAAGACGAGAUGAAGAAAAUCUUUCAUUGUUUAGUGUUGAUCAAGGACCUGAUAAUCAAGGGGCGUCUUUCUCUCUAGAAAUUAAAGACGGUAAAGUCCAUUGGAGUCAUAACGAUGAAAACGAAAACAAUAUAUUCGAUUUGUUAAUAGUUCAACGAUCUUCUAUGCCAUCUGGUCUAUGGACACACAUUGGCGUGACAUACGAUUCACAUAACGGCUUAGCAAAACUUUAUAUUGAUAGCCAAUUAAUUAAAACAGAAACUGGAGCUGGGCAUAUGUCGUCACAAUUUGUUGGAAAAUUUUCAGUAGGAAAAGGAGGUGCAUUACCUGGGUUGGUUGAUGAAUUUUACUUAUUUUCAAAAGCACUGGUUUUAAGUGAUAUAAGAGAUAUUUCAGAACUCUGUAACCUCGACGCAAGCUAUCCUAUUCCUAUGGAAACAACUAACCCGACUUUAGACUCAAUCGAUAACCGUUUAGGCAAUCGACAUUCAAAUAUUGAGAUAAAAAACCAAUGUACGCGUCAAGCCGUUUUUUUCAAUACUGACAUUAGCGGUGGUAAAACAGCUGGGGUAUUUGUUUAUGAUGGAGAUACAAGUUCUAUCGAGGAAUGUAUUCAAAAAUGCUGUGACUCAUCUAAAUGUCACUUAGCAUAUCUGGAAAAAAAUAGAUGUUAUAAUAUAAUUUGUCAUUUUCCCGCUUUAUGUCAGCCAGUAAAAGCUGGUAAAGCGCUUGUUACGUUGGGGUAUGUCGUUCGAAACGGAAACUCAGUUUAUGAGCCAGAUGAUACACCAACAUUGAAACCAAAGCCGAGUGAGUCAUCUUUUACUCGAGUUACAUUUCAACCCGUUAUUCACCAAAAGUGUUUACAAAGUAUGGUAUACUAUGGCGUAGCUUUGCGUGGUGGCUGGACUUCAGGAAAAUUUACAGAUAUGGGUAUAGUUCCGAGUCUUCAAAAGUGCGUACAGUUAUGUUGCAAUGAUAGCACGUGUGACCUUGCAAUGCUAAUUAGUCAAAAAUGCUUUACUAUUCAUUGCUAUUCACCUGAAGAUUGUCAAACAGUUCCUAACGGGCAUGCUCAAAUUGCCUAUGUUACUAGAGAAGGCUAUGCGCCAAUCGUUCCCACUAAACCACCAACUCCUCAUUCUGGGCAUAAACAUUCACAUAAAACCACCUCGUCUCCGUCAUACCGACCUGGUGUGACAUUUUCACCAACAAUAAGCCGCAAACGUUCAGACAUGUCGCUUCAUUUAACAUUUGAUCACAUGGAUGAAGAUGAAGUUCUCGAUGAGUCAGGUUACAACAAUAACGGUCAGAUGAGCAACGGAACUAAUAUCUCGCCAGGAGGUGGUAUUAGAGGAAAUGGUGUGAUGUUCCAAGGUGGCGUUCUUUUGUUAGAUGGGGGAAGAUUUAAUCCGAAACCUAUAAAUGCAAUUACUAUUUGUUUAUGGAUCAAGCUUAGAGAUGUUAUAGGAAGACGCACGCUUUUCGAAGCAUUAAGUAGUUUAGCGCAACCUGGAGUAUAUGCUGGAAUAUUCCUAGAAGUAAUCGAUGGGCGAAUACGUUGGUCAAGUAACAAUGAAAAUAAUCUUCCAAUAUUCAGCGUAGAAUCUCCUAACGUGAUACAAAAAGACAUUUGGUUUUUCAUAGCUGCGACAUAUGAUAGCGAAAGUGGAGAAGCAAAGAUAUUUGUUGAUGGAAGUUUACAGUCAGUAAGCGUUGGGCGUGGUAUCCUGAUACAAGAUUGGGCAUCUAAAGCAGGGUUUGGAGCCCAUCAACAAGGCAGAUCCCUUCACGGAUUUAUGGAUGAUAUUUAUAUAUUUACUAGCGCUUUAUAUAGAGACGAAAUAGUAAGUUAUGUAAAAAAUUUUAAAGAAAAGCAUGAUAUAAAACCAGCUCCUUUAUUGACGUCUACUUCAUUUACGACUACACAAACAACUUCUACAACAACGUCACCUAAAAUAAAAACAACUAAGCGACCAAAAACAACUUCUUUGCGUAAAACUCCUAAAGUAUUUAGACCUACAAAAUCUUUGUUUAAAGUAACAACACACAAGACUACACCUCAUACUGUUAGAACAACACACCAUACCGCAACAGGUGCUCCUUCUUUAAGAGCAAAAAACAAAACGACGCCAAAAAAAUUGCAAACAUCCUCUAAGAAAUCAACAACAUCAACAACAACAAAAAAAACUCAAACUACGACAGUCGCAACAACUAAAACUACGACGCCAACAGUAACAACUACGACGCCAACAGUAUCAACUACGACGCCAACAGUAACAACUACAGAGCUUUCGUAUACUAAUAUUCCAACUGUUAAUCCUGCAAUUUGUAAAUACGGUAAUACAUAUAGGUAUACCGACUUAAAGGGAGGAUUAGUAGCUGGAAACUUUUUGGACCGCGGGUUAACUAGUGGUAUUCUACCUUGUAUGGAGCUAUGUUGUUCGCAUCGAACCUGUGAUCUUGCUUAUAUGAUUUCUGGAAGGUGCUACUUAGUAGAGUGCUAUACUGAGGAUUUAUGUUCAAUUGUGCCUAAAGGAAUAGGGAUUAUUUCACCAACAAUUGGGCUAGUUGUACGCCCUAAUGGUCCUAAAAUUCCAGAAUUAAGCGAUCUGCUGGGAAGUUUACCGAAAAUUCAGCCGACUUCAAAAGAAGUAAGCCCAACUAAUCUGAUGACAGAUAUUAACGAGUUGGAAUUAGAACUAGGAAACGGACCAAACGGAAAGUUGCACAAAUGCGUAUUUAAAAAGACUUUGGUUCAUACCACUUUUGUUGGAGGUUUAAGAGCAGGAAAUUUUUCGAACAAAGGAAGAGUUACUUCAAUGAAAACAUGUCAAGAUAUUUGUUGCAGCGAUUUAAAAUGCGAUGUUGCAGUAAUGAUGAAACAAUCAUGUUUCUUAGUUGCUUGCAACAACAUGGAGUUAUGUCAACCACGCCAAGCAAAGUUGGAGAGAUUUAGUUUACUUCUAUCUUACCGAGAUAGGUCUGCGGAGAAAGAAGAUAUAGAUAUGUCUAGCCUAAUGGAUAAACCAUAUAUCGCUUUAACUGAAACAACAACAACAACUACUACAAAUAAACCUACAACAGAGUUAUUUAAACCAAGACUAUCAAACGAGACUUCAGAUAUGCCUGAAGCUUUAAAACCAGAUAGCGAGGUUAAAUCUUGGUGUGCAACAUCAUUUAUACUUCCUGGAAUGUUUUUAAAUGAUAUUUCAAAGACUAUAGUUUAUAAAAAUUUAGGAAUAGUUUCUGAUAUUAAGAUUUGCAUGAACUAUUGUUGUAAUUUGUUAGAUUGCACUGUUGCUUAUGUGGAUGAAAAUAUGCAUUGUUAUGCGGUAAGAUGUUUUAACCCGAGUUUUUGUAAACCAGCUAUUGGUUCUGCAAGCAACAAAAUUGGUUUUGUAGUUAGAAACGGAUGGUCGUUAUUUAGAAAUGAAAAGGAGGUCAUUGCAGACAGUGAUCUACAUAACACUGAAUUAAAAAAUGUUUCAAUGCCAAAUGGUAAUGAUGACAUUACAGUUAGCACGAUAUUUGCUAAUAACACUUUGCAUUCAGCAGAAUCAAAGGUAAUAGAGUCUCUUACGAACAAGAUUGGUUAUUGUAAAGAAACAGAAAUUUUAAAAGAUCACCGCUUCAUAAUGGGAAUGAAGGCGGGUAUAUUUACAGAACAUGGCGAGGUUGAAAACUUCCCUUCUUGCCUUGUUUACUGCUGUAGUGAUAAAACGUGCGACGUAGCGUACAUGGUCGAUAAGACUUGUUAUAGUGUUAAAUGUUUUACUAACAGUUCUUGCAAUACUUUUUCGGUUCCAAACUUCUUCCUUAAUCCAAUCAUGGCAUUUGUAUCAAGAUCACCAAAUAAUGUAGAACUAUUGCUUUCAGUGGCUGGUAAUACUUCAGUGCCAACAGGUGGUCACCAUUUUACCGUUAGUGUGCUUCCGGGAUUAACUAAGCAAACUAAUUUAAAGCUUAAACAAAGUAAGAAACACCACAAGCUUCAAAAAAGCACCCAUAAUCAUCAUGUUUUUCCUUUUAGAAAAGCUCAAAAAAUGACAAAGCCUCUUAAACAAGUUAAACUUGUUUAUAAAAGCAACAAACACGUUAAACCCGAUGAUAAGAAUAUUAUUAGAAAACUUGUUCACGAAAUGUUAGGUGAAACAUCUUCAGGAUCUGGAGAAAGCAAUAUUGGAUUAGAGUCAGGAAACGGUUCAGGGUUGCAUAAGCCAAUAAUUUACCAUGAAUAUCAAAUGCAUAACAGAAAAAACAGUCAUCACCAUAAGAAUCACAAGGCAGCUAAGAAAAAACUACAUAAAUUUCAAUAUAGAAAACACAAAAAACUUCGUAAAAAAGUCACAAUGAGUUUUGCUAACUUACCAUCAUUAAAUUUAACCGAGGAUGUGAAUGCUGAUAAAAAAUAUUUCUUUCCGUUGGACAAAGUAGAUAUUCAAAUAAUUGAAGCUCUUAGUCCUGAUAAAGAUUUCACAAGAUGUGACGCUAUUAAAUACGGUUGUGAGCAUUUUUGCAUCAGUCUUAUCCACGGAGGCUCAAGAUGUAUGUGUAAUAUUGGGUAUAAGCUCGCGCUCGACGGUAAACAUUGUCUCUAUGAAGGAGUAUGUGAAGCUCGUGCACAUGGGUGUCAGCAAGAAUGCAAAUUUACUGAAGAUGGAUAUGAAUGUUUCUGUCGUAGCGGUUUUUUGAUGAAAAAACUGCUUGAAAAUGAGUGUCAAGAUAUGGACGAAUGUACGAUGGGUAUACAUGGUUGCAGUGAUAUUUGUGUAAACACAGUUGGUUCAUAUCUUUGCCAAUGUCGUGAUGACUAUACGUUAAGCGAUGACGGUAUGACAUGUGAGAAACAAAAUGAAUCGAGGAAAAGCAAGAUAGCACGUCCAAACGACACGUUUACAAUUCCUGCAAUGAUAGAAUCCAAAAGAAAGGAUUUAAUCUACGUCACACAAGGUCACAGUGUAGUUCUUGAAUGCAAAUCGUAUGGUUAUCCAACGCCGAUCAUAGUUUGGACUUUUCUUAAUAAUCGAACAAACAUUAUAAAGAGUGACGAGCGGCAUAAAAUAGUUUCGGGAGGAGCACUUGUUAUCCAGGAUGCAUCUAUAUACGAUACUGGUAUUUAUCUUUGCAUUUCUUCCAAUAUUGCUGGUACUGAUUCAGCCACGUAUAGUUUAAACGUAACUGAUUUAAACGAAUGCGAAUUGCACCUCCAUAAAUGUGAUCAUAUUUGUCACAACACUCCAGAAAGUUAUUACUGCUCAUGUUAUAAUGGUUACUCGUUAUCCUACGAUCAAACAAGCUGCGUAGAUCGCAAUGAGUGCACUAUCGAUGGUGUAUGUCAACACAAUUGCCUGAACACUGUCGGCAGUUAUCAAUGCGAUUGUUUUCAUGGUUAUUUUCUAGCAGCAGAUACUAAAAGCUGUUUAGAUUUGAACGAAUGUUUGAGCGCUCAAGAUAACAACUGCUCACAAAUAUGCAAUAAUACGAUUGGCGGGUACAGAUGCAGUUGCUUACCUGGAUUCCAUUUAUCAUCUCACGACAACAAAACAUGUGAAAAAACUACCUUACAUCAUCAGAGACAUACUAAAUUAUCGCUAAAACAAUUCCUUAAUGGUUCAUAUGGUUAUAUAAUGUUGACAUCAUUUACAUUGAUAUGUGUCGGAAUAUUAUGUGGCACUAUUGUUUACUUGGUUCAUCAUUACAGAAAACAAAAUAAAAUCCGUGAUGAAAAUUGUGGUCAUGAAGUUCCACCAAUUAACACACGAAGUUCAGCUAUUUUUUCAUGGAACAACUAAAAAAUCUUAUUACUCUAAAAUAAAAAUAUCACAAGAACAUAUUGAGAACAGAUUUUGUAAUUUAACAUUAUUAUUUUGUAAUUAAGCAUUAAUAAUUUUUUAUAAUCCAGCUAUAAUAACUUUUUGUAUAUAUUUUCUUGUAUAUAAACUUUCUCUCUUGUACCUGUAAUUAUACCUGUAAUAUAUAUGUAAUUUAUAA